UGUUCUGCUCCCUGUCGUCCCUUGUUCCAACCGUCGGCUCUGUGAGCUUGUUUGAACCCCACUGCAGUUACUUGGAGCAGAUUUGCUGCUGCUUUAAAACACACUUGAGUCAGCCCUGCCAGACCCUCCAUACAAACCGAUCUAUCACGCUCUGCAGCUGUUCAUACCUACCUUUGCCGGCUUUAGCUACCGACUUCACAACGCCGCCGCGGGUAGAGCGACUAAAAAAAGCAAUCAAACGGAUUCUAACGUUCAGAGCGAGACGGUUGGUCAACGCGCCCGAAUCUGUGUCGACCAACCGCCGCCGACGGUGACGUAUGGAGGAUUUUUUUGUGCUCUAAAAGAGGAGGAGUCUGUCUGUGAGCGAAAAGGAGAGCAGUCGGUUUGAGUCCGCCAACUACUCUGUUGUUGUUGCACACCUCACUUAGUUUUUCCCGGUGAAAGCUGAAACCGGUGGACCGGUUCGGUUGGCACCACAUCCUGACCGCAGCGGGUUGCAACUUAAAACAACUGGGUAGGAAGAUUUGGGCAGUAAGAGGAGGAGGAGGAGACAAUCUGCUACAGUGCAAGACGGGAAAUCGCGGGAUCGUCGUUUGGCAACGCAAAGUCGCUGCUGUUCAAGCGUGACACCAUUUUGCUGCUAAGCGGUGGUAACUCCUUUGAAGAAUGCUUGCAGGCCUUCACAAAAACACACAAGCAUAUGAACAAAAAGGAAAAAAGUGACCCAGUUCUCUGUUGGUUCAAGUAUGAGAAUCACCACUCAUGUUGCUCGUAGUCUGAUUGUCGAAGGAUUCUGUGGUAAAUCCAUGACCAGGAACCUAUCGGGUUGAAGGCAGCAAUGGAAGUUGUUGUGACAGAGGAGAAGAAGAAGAUUUUCCGUGCUAGGAAAACUAUGAAGAUUAGUGAUCGACAGCAACUUGAGACUCUUCACAACACUUUGUUGACAGCCACUCCAGGUAUGUCCGACCCGUCUCCGCCACCUCUAAUGAACGGCACGCACAAAGAGGACGGACAGAAGGAGGGGGACAAAGAGCAAAACAACAUCUCAGACUCAAACUCUCCCCAAGCUACAUCCCCCGUCUCUCCGACUCCCUACCUGUCCCUUAAUCUGUCCCCGUCCCCGGGCUCUUCGCAAAGUCCAAAAGCCAAGGACGACACUCCUACUUCUCCCACAUCACCAUUCCACUCUCUGAACUUUGAACUGAAAAAGAUGGAGGGGGAGGAGGAGGUUGAGGGGGAGGAGGAGAAGGGUUCCUCAUCGGAUUCAUCAAAGAAGUCAGAUACACCAGCACCAUCAGAAUCCAAGGAAAACCCAGAAAAAGACACUGAGGUGACCCCGGAGAUAAAAAAGAAAAAGGCGGACCAGACUAAAACAGAGGACCCAGCUGUGGAUGUGUCGAAGGAUUCUGUUAAAGGUUUGGCUCCAUGUUCGCCUGUACCACCUCCAGUGUCAGACUGCACAGAACCAAUGGAUACAGAUAGUGACACUACAAAGGCAGAGGACCUUGGGGCCUCCACAGCCAAAACAAAAGAUGAAAAGCCUUCUUCCCCUAAAUCUUCCACUUCUGAUUCCUCUCUCCCUUGUCCUUCCUCGUCUCAUCCAGCUUCCUCUUCAAAAGAUCUAAAAGAAGAAAAGGAAGUCAAAAAGGAGGACAUUAAAGAAGAGAAGGAUGACAAAGAAGGUGUGAAGACUGAAUCAAAAAAUGAGGAAAAGAUGGAGGUGGACUCCGUGAAGGUAGAGACCAAAAAGGAAAAAACUGAAGUUGGACAACCAAAAAAGCCAUCCCGGCCAUCGUCCACUCCACCAUCUAAUUCAGUGCAAGAGGAGAAGGGCUCCACCUCGGGACUGAAGCGGACUUUAUCGGAGGGUUCAGAAAAAGAGUCUCCAACUAUAAAAAGGGAGGGGAAGAGGCCCAAGGUGGAGCGUGAGGAGUUGGAGGCACAACUGGAACUUAAAAUUACUGCAAAAGCUGGCAGUCACCAUAAACUUGAAAAGAUUGUGCAACAAUUAGUAGAUGAACGGUUGAGGGCCUUGGAGCUGACCAUUUUUGACAAACAUUUCCAAGAGCUGAAGGACAGAGUUGACAAGAUCGACUGUGCCACCAAACACCAAACUGCCAUCACCACACUCCAAGCCAAGAUAAGCCGACUAACAAAAAAGUUUGGAGAGGCCAAUCAAGCAUCAGAGAACAAAAGGAAACAGGAGGCGCUCGCUGCUGUUGCUGCUGCCGCCGCCGCCGCUGCUGCUAAUUCUGCCAAGCCUGCAACUGUUGCAAACAGCCCUCAAGUUCAACGGCCAGUCCGUACGUCCAUGGAGGUAAAGCAGAUUCCAACAACGGUUUCUUCAUCCGGCACAGCUGCUCCUCCUGCUACCGUCACAGGUCUGGCACAUACACCCACCUCCACUGCCGUGGUUUCACAGGCCCCCAUCCUCCAGCUCAUCACCUCCACCUCUAAUGCUGGCACCACCUUGGCCACUGGCAUCACCACUCAGAGUCCCACAGGGACUCUGCUGCUGAAGACGGCCUCCGGGAGCAGCAUGAUGGCUGCGGGCCAGCCGCUCCUCAUCCAGCUGCCUUUAUCAAUGACUAAUGGCCAGGCAGGAACGCUGGUCAACAUCCCUGUCUCCUCUUUGUCUGCAGCCAGCUCACUUGCCAAGGCCAAAACCACUACUUCCACCACCACUUUUAUACUCAAGCCUGCUCCUGCAACGACAACUUCACCAGCCUCUGCCACGGCUGUUGCCUCUGUGCCAGCGCUCCAGGCCUCCACUGGCCAGAUGUCUUCUAAUCAGAUCUCCCUUGCCCGUGCCGUGUACCAGGGUGGUGCUGGGGGGAUAACUACACCCAAUGCUGGCGUAUCUGUGACCACAGCCAGGACGCCAGCUCAGUCUGUGUCUGUAGCAGGAGCUAUGUCUUCAGCCUCUUCACCUGCAACCUCUGGGCCGGCAGCAACAGGUUCCACUGCUCCAGGACCACCACAAGGGACGUCUCUGACAUCAAAGACAGACAACCAAGCUACUGGGUCCACUCCAUCCAAAGCAGCUGCUCCAGGGGCACGACCAAAAGGCUCUGUCAUCGAUCUUACUGAGGAUGAUGAUGACGUCCAAGUGACAGGAGUGAAGAAUGCCACUGCUGCAGCUGCAGCUGCAGCUCCCUCACCUACCCAGCGUCCUAACCCAGUCAUCAGCAUUCCCAACAGUGCGGGAGCGAGGUCGUCCCCGCAAAACAAUCAGAACUCUUCUACCAAUCCUCAGGUGACAGUCCACCACCGCCCCCCACUGGACUCUCCAUUGAAAUCCCGUGCUGUAUCCACUGGUACGCCGAACCGGGUUGCCAGCAUGGUACUGCCCCCUCUCCCCACUGCACCCGCACCGUCACGCUUACCCCCCGAGGCUGAGCGGACCUCCCCUCCUCAGCAACCUCAGCUAAAGCUGGUGCCAAGUCAGACCGGUAUAGUGCUGUCGUGGUGUGUGUCAGAAACUGAUCGGACCUGUGCAGCUGUAGAGAGUUAUCACCUCUAUGCCUUCCAUCAAGACAACUCGAGCAGCAGUGCGGCGCAGCAGCACUGGAAGAAGAUUGGGGAGGUAAAGGCCCUUCCUCUGCCUAUGGCCUGUACACUGACCCAAUUCCAGUCUGGCUCCACUUAUCAUUUUGCUGUUCGAGCCAAAGACAUCUAUGGGCGCUUUGGCUCCUUCUGCGAACCUCAGUGCACAAAUGUCAUCAGCUCCAGCUCCAGCUGAACAGUUAAAGAAUGAAAACAUUGUUUUUGCAUUUGAAAGUUCUCGACUUCUUUUAUUCUGUUAUUCUGUUGAGUGUUAGGAACUCAAAUAUUGUGCAUUGAACACAUACAGUAUCUGUAAAUAUCUCUCUGCAUAACAACUGGACUUCUGACUGAGUUGGAGAGUUGAAGAGGCAAACGGUUGGUUUUGCCUGGUUAAUGUACGUAAUGUAUUUUUUGUGACUCGAGCUGUUGUAUAUAAUUGAAUUACUUUACCCCUCUACCAAGUCAGAUAUUUAUGUUGUUGUCUCCAGUUAACUCUGAUCCGGAUGUCUUUUACUUUACUUGAGAAUAGGUGACAGGAUUAUCCGUGUAAACUCAGAAUUGCACAGAAAUGUAUAAAUGUGUGGUAGAAACUGAAUGAUAACUUUUGUAAGUUUUGUCUGGCAACCAGACUUUGACAAACACAAUAAAAGGUUUUUAAUAAA